GGAGAAAAAAAUGUCAGUCCUCACUUCUCCCAGAGGGAAGGUAGAAGUGGUUCAUUGCCGAAGAACAGAAUCCCAGGAUAUCUUUUGUAUCAAAAACCUCAUUAGAAAAUUUACUCAGAAGCUGUUUGGGAGGCUCAAUAUCAUCUAUCUUCUAGAAAAGGCAAACCUUGCUGUUACCCUCUGCAAUGACAAGGAGGAGAUCAUGGCCCAUGCCAUCUUCUUGGACUAUCCCAACUGGAAUGUUGCCAAUCAGGACAGCUGGAUGCCGGUGUUCCAGGAACUUGACAGUGAAAUCCCAUGCACACCUCUGAAUACACUGUUUAUGCACUUCUUCGUGGCCGUGGACGAGUAUGCCACAGGCUGCCUCAAAGAGAUCAUUCGGACUGUGUUCAAGGCAGUACCAGAACUGUACUUCAUAUUUCUCAUUGUGCCCUCAUAUGUGAGCCUAGGUUCAACUCUGAUAACUGUAUUUAACCAAGUGGGGAACAUUCCGUGUUUGACCUAUGAUGAAGAUUUUGCAGUAUACAUAUGUCACAGGCAUGACCACUACCCUCAGCUGCACAUUCGCAAAGCCAGGGUAGAAGACCACGAUGAUCUCAUGCCAAUAUUCAUGCACUAUGACAACACUCUGAAAGAAAUUUAUGGUGAAUACUUCCUGGCUGAACUAAUAGAGGCCCAAGAUGAAGAGAAUCAUGCUGUGGUGUGCGAGGUAGAAGGCAAGGCUGUCGGGUUCAUGAGUGUGUGCUCCAGCGUGAACUUGACCCUGCUGCAUGAAUGCUUCGACCUGGGCCCUUUCCAUGGAUUCUGUGUCCCACAUCCUGAUGACCUUCUGGAACCAUCAAAGAAAUCAAGUAUUCAAGAAAGUCAAGGUACAGUGGCUAUCCCAGGGCAUAGCAGAAAAUUCAGUACAUGUCUUACACACAGCUAUGCCGAAAUCAAGAGUGACAGCCAGGGCUCUCAGAAAGCAGCCGAGGAGUCAUUGGGAAAUGCUUCUUCAGAGGCCGUGGAGACCCAGGAGAAAGACAGUGAAGAAUCUUCUUUGUCUGGAGAUCGGUCAGCAAUCUUCAGUAAAUUCUCUGAUGAUGUGAAGGAUACAGACCAGAAGCUCAGCAUGCUUUCCAUCAUGGGCGAUGAAGACCUCAGUUUGAGUAGUGAGAGCUCUCCGCCGUCCUUUCUGUUUUCUGAGGAAUCCUCCCACUUCCGCCCCAUCUACCUGGGAGAAUCUGCUGCCUUUUGUAUUCAACUCUUUUGUAUUGAUGAGAAAUAUGAGGCGAGGUCCCUGGAUUUUAUGAGUUUUGUUUUCAGUCUUUUUCCCGAUAAAAACUUCUGCUUGAUAUCUGUGCCUCAUCUCACACCUGAGUUUGUCCUCAUCCAGAACUUUGUAAAGGUCGUCCCAUUUAACAAUUGUACACUAGAGCAUGAUCUCUAUGUGUUCCAUCGAGCUGGACUGCUCAGGUCAAUUAAGAUAAGAUUAGCCAAUUUUUUGGAUACUGAUGGUGUUGAAAAUCUUGUGAGCACCCUCAUGCUGAGUAGAAAGAUAAUGGAUGAUUUAGCCCAGUACAACGAGGCUUGCAGAGAUCCCGAUGGAACAGCUCUGCAGGCGUUUGUAGCUGAAGUUGCAAAUCAGAUAGUUGGCAUUGCAGUGAUCAGGAAAGAAAUGGAUAUAGAGUAUAUACGAUCUCAUUAUAACAUUGAGGAUUUCAUCUACUUCAGCCACCAUCAGCAAGAAGAACAUGGGCGCUUGCACCAUUUUGCCCUGAACCCUAUUUUCCGACACUACACCAAGUUUUUCCUGAAGGAGAUCCUUCGCUUAGGCUAUAAGUCGUGCCUCUACUACCCUGUAUACCCACAGUCCCGGGAGAGUAAGCUGCAGAGCUCUUCCGCCCACUCCCUGACAUCUGCCCUUCAUUACUUGGUUCCCGUGCGACCACGACGACAGAUUGUCUAUCCUCUGGAAAAGCUUGGCAUAAACGCUCCAUCAAAGGAGGUCUCCAAGGAUCAGUUAAGUUAUGCCUUAAACCAUACAAACAGAAAACUGACGUUAGAACCAAAGGUCACUGUCAAUGCCAGAAUCGUUGUGGUUGGUGCAUCCAGUGUUGGCAUUUCAUUCCUAGAGACAUUGGUGUUUUGCUCUCACCUGAAGUUUAACAAUCUCACCCUGAUUUCAACUCAUGGACUCCCUGGAAAAAAACUUUUGGGCAACGAACAAAGGAAGUUUUUAGCAAGCGACCACUGUUUUAAUGAUAAAGAUUAUGCAUUGAUGUCACUGUGCUCCUGGGUUAACAUUGUGGUUGGUAGGAUGACGGGCAUAGACCGAGCAGCCAAGCAUGUUGUGGUUUCCAAGAAUGAGACUGUAUUCUACGACCACCUCAUUCUCUGUACUGGGCAGCAGUACCAGGUUCCAUGCCCCACAGGGGCUGACAUGAGUCAACACCUGACUAACAGAGAAGUUCUGGAGAACAGCAAGCGGAGGUACACUGGGAAAGUUCCUUACAACCUCUUCAUCCUCAAUGACGAGGAAGACUGUGUUAAGGCACUCAUUUGGAUGAGAAACAACUCCAUCCUCACAGAAGGGAAGGUCAUUGUCUAUGGGAAUACAAUUGACGCUUACACAACAGUGGAGACACUCUUAUACAUUGGCCUGAAGGGGAACUGCAUCUACUUUGUGCAUCCCCCAGAUGAUUCAAACAUAACCUGUAUCAACAACUAUGCGAUAGAGAAUGCUGUGGAAGAUGCAAUCAGAGCAGCCGGAGUGACUGUCUAUCAGGACUCACUGUUGGCUCAGUGGAAUGAUGGCCAGGACCCAGAUCCCAUCCAUAGUGCCUGCUUCACCACUCCCACAAAACCUUUCAGACUGGAGUGUUCAGCAUUCUUCAGCUUUCACAAGAAGAAUGUGGAUUAUGAAACAUUCAAAGCCUUUAAUGAUGCGUGCCUCGUCUAUGAUGGCCAACUUGUGAUUGAUACCACCUUCCACACCAAUGACAUAGCCAUCAGAGCUGCAGGCUCCCUCACUAAAUUCUCUAACCGGUAUUACUCAAAUGAGUGGACUCACAGCAACUUCAGUUCCAAAGAAAUUGGAUUCCAGCUGGCAGCAGCUAUGCUCAGUCUCUUUGACCCAACCCUUGAACCUAUGACGGAACCUCCAGCUGACCUCGACCGGCUCAUCCCCAUGUACAAGGGAGCCAAAAUCCAAGGUGGCAUCCUUCCUGGGUCUUAUUAUUAUCUGCAUAUUGCCAAACCUGCCAUCCCAAGUCCCUUGGAUGUUCAAAGGUCACAGCCUGAUUUUGGUUCAGAAAUAAUAACAGGGAAUGUGAGAGACGGCACAUACUUCCGGCUGUACAUUAACAAAUAUAAGUUGGUGGAGGCCAUCACAUGCCUCUCAAAGGAGCCUUUCCCAGUCUCCAACUACAUCCGCUUGUUUGGACAGCAUGAGCAAGUCCUCAACAACCUGUGUACUCGUUUUGAUGACAAGCUGAUUCCAGAUCUCUACAGCUACUUCACGGAGCCGUGGUGCAUGGCCCUCUUCCACGAUCGUUUUAUUGAUCUCAGGAAAGAGUUGCGCCAAAUCUUAAACUCCAAGCAGGAGACAGACAUGCCUUCCAUGGAGCAGCUGGCCUACAAGAUAGAGGAUGAGGAAAUAAACCUGAACGAGAAGCCCCAGAAAUACCUCCAAAGGGUUUUCGAGGACUCCAUCUACAAAAACCUGCUGGAGAAGAGCAUCCUGGAUUACCUUCAUUACAACCAGUACCACCUGCCCAUGUACGCGUGGCCUGGCAUCAUUUAACUGUGGCCAGAGGCUCCCUGGUACCACUUCCUCUGUCCGGUCACCGUCCC